GUCAGUGGCUGAUGUUUCCACUUUCGAUCGGUGAACCGCGCAAGGUGGGGUAUGUCAAAAGAUACCUCAAAGACCCUCAGAUAAUCGUAGAGUUCUAACAUUAUCGAUUAUUUUCAUCGGAUACAAGUAUCUGGAUAGUUAUCUGCGCAUCUUAUAUUUAUUUAUGUGGAUAUAAAUGGCUGAUGAAAUUUGCAUUUACAGGGGACAAAAUAUAAGCUUCUUUUUGUUCUUUGCAAAGUCAAAUGAAACUUAUUCGUGCAUCUCCUGUCAAGACCUGCGAAUGCGGAAGAAAAAAGGUUGAGGGCAUCCUUGCAUGCACGAAAGAGAUAUGCCUCCUAUCUACUAUGCACGGUCAAUAUAACGGUAGAAAUCUUGUCGGACGUGGAGCGAAUAGAAGUGUAACGGUGAGCGGAUUUUGUCCGUGAAGGAGGCGGUCAGUCUGAAAUUCUGUGCGCUGUAGUGCCAAUCGAUUUCACGACCGCAGUACUCGGUCGUCGACCUGCACAUCGUCGAAAUUACACCUAUUGUAGUCUGUCAUCACCGAAUACGCGCGAAAUAUGUUACUCGAAUUGCUCACGAUUUGCGUCCUCGGCACCGUCGUCUACUGCGUGCCUUACAAGACGUGGCACGUCGCUGGUGUAUCCUUGCUCUACGUGAUCAAAUAUAACAUCCUCGGUAUGCUAGCGGUCAUGCACGACCUAUGGAACAUCAAGCGCAAUAAGAUUGAUUUGCCUCCGAUGCCGGCUAAAAUUGCGAUCGUAACUGGCGGUUCUAGAGGGAUAGGAGCAAUGGUAGUGAAGAAACUCCUGCAGUGUGAUAUGGAAGUUAUAAUCGCUUGUAGAACAGCUAUAAUGGGAGAAAAAACCGUCCUUCAACUUAGGAAGUCAGGAGUCACUAAUGGCAGGGUGAAAGUCUAUGAGCUCGACAAUUCCUCUCUUGAAUCAGUAAGGGAAUUCGCGGAGAGAAUAAAAAAGGAGUAUACCAAAGUUCAUAUAUUGAUUAACAAUGCCGGUGUUAUGUUUCCUCCAUAUCAACAAACAAAAGAUGGAUUUGAGGAACAAUGGGCCGUAAAUUAUUUAUCACAUUUCUUACUAACGUCACUUUUAUUACCAUUACUAAAAAAUGGCGGGCAACCUGACGAUUGUAGUAGAAUAAUCAACGUUACUUCCUGCGCUUAUAUACUUGGAAAUUCGAAUUUCGAUAGCGUCAAUUGCAGGGACAAAUUCGUGACACAAGCAGUAUAUGCGCAAAGUAAAUUAGCGCAAGUGAUAUUCACGUCCACGUUACAAAAAUGUUUAACAGACAGAUCGUUGAAUGUACGGAUAUAUUCUGUACAUCCGGGUAUUGUGAAAACUGAUUUAUUCAACAAUAGCUAUUUAAGCAAAGUUAAAUUGCUUAUGAUUGGAUUUAAGACACCUGAACAAGGAGCUAUUCCCAUAGUAUAUACAGCAAUAAAUAAAGACAUUGGAAUGAGAGGUGGUUUAUACAUUAAUAAUUGCAAAGAAAGUUCUAUACUUCCGAAGGCACUGGAGCCUAAGACACAAGAACAACUGUUUGAUUUAUCUUUAAAACAAGCACAAUUAAAUGAUUUCUUUCAGUAUUUGUAAUGGAAGAGCGGUGUUACUUAAAUUAUCGUUGUUUUUGUAUUCUAUUAAAUGCAUUUCUAACUGAGAAAAUUUACUUCUUUUGCUUGUAACCAACCUGUGAUAAAUAAUAGCAUAACUUUGUGACACAUCUAGUAUGAAUAUGUAGUUGUAUUGUAAGGAUGUUCAACAUGAGAUGAUUUAUACUAAUUUUAUACACAUAUCUUUACCA